AUGCGUUCGCAUAUCAUUCUCGCGGGCAUGGCUAGCCUCAUGGUUCCAAUGGCUUCCGCAUCCACAACCUGCACAUCCUCCAACGCAACUCCCAUCGAGAAAUACAUCAGCGACAACGGCGGCGGCGGCAGCGGCGGAGGCGGAGGAGGAGGAGGCGGUUUCGACGUCUUCCUCUCCUACGACCCCUUCGCCGUCCUCAGCAACGCCGUCAAACACAAGCGCGCAGCCACUACCCCCGACGCCCGUCUUGCCAACGUCGCUAACAUCAUCCUCGCCCCGCGCGACGACGGCACCGGCGCGUCCGCGACUUGUGCAGACACAGAGAUUUGUCUGUCGGUGCAGACCUCGCCGUUCUGUUUGGACGUGACGAAUGGGGAUUUCCAUGAUGGCCAGGGGACCACGGGCAAUGCGUUGAGUGGGGAUUAUACCCUCGGCGACGGACGCAAGGGGAAUUUGUACAGGGGUCCGUAUCCGCAACCUACUGCUGCUGGAGGAGGUGGUUCAGCUGCGGCGCAGACGACGGCUGUUUCCGGGGGAGAUGACAGUGGGGAUGGAAGCGGGAAUGUGAGUGAGACUGCUGUGCCUACGCCUACCCCUACGCCUGGGACGGGAGCGGGAACGGGAGGAACCGGUGGCGGUGGUGCUUCUGCGACGCAGACGGGUGUGGCACCGGCGGCUACGACGACCAAGCCGAAUGCGGGAGUGAGUGGGCAGGUGGAUAGGAUGGUAAUGGGGGGUGCUGCUGCGCUGUUGGGGGUGCUUCUGGUGUAG